AUGGUACGGGUGGACGUAUCAAGUGUGGAAUUAAAUUUCUCCCAUAUCACAUGUUCGGUCUUUAAAAUGUUCGACCUAAUAUUAGCUUUCCUGGGCUUUUGGGUAGUCGUUCACACCUUCUGUCAUCUGAUCCGACAAAGAUUUCACUCAAAGCAAAGCCUGACGAAUAACUUUAUUCGAAGGACGACGAAUGCUCCCAUAUCGCUAUACCACCAAACAGCUUUUAAGCCAGCAUACCAUAUUUCAAAUCGACCUUUCAAUGUACGAUUUUGGACCAAUGUACUCAAUCCGCGCUUCGAGUCCCUCGCUAACCGAACACCCAAAUUCUGGAGAAUCUGGUUUGACGUUGGGGUAUUCGUCGGGCUGCUGACCAUGAUUGCUGGGAUCAUCAUAAUGACGGUGGCAGGUUGGAGGCUAUUGGUUGAGUUAUUCGGUGUCUACUGGAAGGUUGAGACCGAAUUUCCUGAAGUUCAAACAAAAUUUGUAAAAAGGGGUUUUGAAGACGAAAAUAGCGUCCAACAUGAGAAAGACAAAAGCAAUCAAGUUUUCGUUCCUGUGAUCCCCGGCAUCACCUUACCAAUUUCACAUUUUGCAUAUUACCUCAUUGCGCUAUUGAUAUGCGGAGUGAUUCAUGAAGCGGGUCACGCGAUUGCGGCCGAAACGGAGAAGCUAAAAAUCGAAUCUACAGGAUUAUUCUUAUACAUCCUUUAUCCUGGUGCAUUCGUGGAGUUUAAUCUAGAUUCCUUGGAGAGACGUGAUUGUCGUAAAAAACUUCGUAUAAUAUGCGCCGGAGUCUGGCAUAACAUAGUGGUAUUCCUGAUAGGUUAUCUUGUGCUCAAUUCUGGAUUUUUUGUUGGUUUUCUAAGUCAUACAGCAUGGAGGUCAGUCGAUGGUAUAGGGGUCAGCGUUGUUUCUGUCGAAGAGGCAAGUCUGAAUACCCCUUUGUUCGAUUAUAUCCAGCCUUCUAUGCUCAUAACAAAGUUAGAUGAUUAUGAACUGAUAGAAUCUCUAGAUAGUUGGAACAAUUACUUGCUGGAAAGAUCAAAGAUGAAUGUUAAUCACGCCGGAUUUUGUUCUUCCGAAAGGGAUAUAAUGUCAUCGAUGGAUUGCUGUGAAAUUUCGGAGGAUCACCCUUAUGGAAAUGAGAGAGACAAAGGCAUUUCAUGUUUCAAGCGGAUUGACAAGAAAAAAGAGGAGAAAGUCUGUCUGAAAACCAUUCCCAUUCUCGUAAAUGUUAACGAACAACGGUGUUUCAGAGAUGAUGAUUGCGAUCGAACCCUACCUAUGUGCGUGUUACCAUACACACCGACUGGAUUUCCGAAACCGCUUAGAAUUUAUUAUAAAGACGCUCCAUGGUCUGAGAAGGAGGACGCAGAGAACGAAAAGGUUCUUUUGUUUCUUGGAGAGUUUGAGGACGUUUGGGAAAUUGUACAGGUUAGCAGCAUUCAACCCAGAUGGUCAUGGGUGCCCCUAUGGAUCCCAGAAUCUUUGGAGUUGAUUCUAAGAUACAUUACAUCAUUCUCGUUAGCACUGUGCGUUAUAAACAUAUUGCCAGCAUUUCAAUUGGACGGGCAUCAUGCCUUGAGAUCAUUGUUAUCGGCCUAUUACGACCGAAGUGAAGGUGCAUCAACCAAUAAUAAGUCAAAGGAACGAGAAAAAAGGAUAGAAAAUGGAAUAAUCUACUUCGUUACAGCGUUAGUUGGAUGGGUGGUUAUAGGAACUCUGUUUUCGGGAUUAUUUUAA